ACUGAAUGUGGACUCUCUUCCACUGGUAAUUUUUCUUCAGCCCCGAAUUGAGGGAAAGUCGUCCCAGCCAAUUUGCGCCGCGCCCUGCACUUGACACAGUGAGGGUCCCACGUCAAGGCUGCCGCCUGCGAAGCUCGCCCGCGUCUAAAAACCCCGCCGUCGCCCCCGAAGCUGCCAACUCAACUGACCCCGACAAAGCAAAAGCACCUCCCUACAGCUUGUAUUGCUAUGUCUUCGGGUGAUCCUCCACGCAAUCGAGACGAGCUUAUUGCACAACUUACAAGCCUUGCUGGAAUCGGCGCUGCAGAGGCUGAACACUACUUACAAGCUGGUGGCUGGCAGCUCGAUACUGCCGCAACACUCUACUACGACGGUGCCACCACGCUCCCACAGGAACACUCAGACGAUCACAUCGACAUCGACAUGGCUGGCGACGAUCAACCAACUGAGCCAACCCCAAAUCCUCCCCAGGGCACAGGUGGCGGUCGGACGCUCGGCGGCGCGUAUGUGCCAGCAGAGCCUUCUUCAUCGUCUGCACAGCCCGCUACUUCUCGUCACCCCCCCCAGCGUGGAAUGCGGACGUUGAAGGAUUUGCAAACACAGGGCGGCGCUGGUGCCGCCGGCGGUCAUGGACAUGCUCACGGUGACGAUGGCGAUCAUGCGUCCGAUGAAGACUACCAAGAUGACGGGAACCAAGACUUCUUUGCCGGUGGCGAGAAGUCUGGUCUUGCUGUCCAAAACCCCAAUGCUGCGAAUCCGCGUGACCAGAUCAAUAAUAUCCUGCGACGAGCUCGGCAGAAUGCCCCGCGACCUGGUGGUGAUGACGAGCGACCUAGCUCCCACUUCACAGGAACUGGUAUGACGCUCGGUGGAGACGACGCCCCGAGUCGUGUUAUCCCCGACCCCAACGCUGAAGCCCCGCACCCUCCGCAGCGCGUCAACCGCGAGCUGCAUCUUUGGCGAGAUGGCUUCUCUGUCGACGACGGCCCUCUAUUCCGCUACGACGACCCCGCCAACGCUCGCACGCUGGAGAUGAUCAAUUCCGGGCACGCCCCGCUGCAUAUCCUGAACGUCGAGCCGGGCCAGGAGGUCGACGUCGAGGUCCACCCGCACAAAGACGAGGACUACAAGACGCCGAAGAAGAAAUACGUUCCCUUCUCGGGCUCUGGCCAGCGAUUGGGUAGUCCCACGCCGGGUGGAACCGCAAUCGCAGCGCCACCGCCUCCCGCCGCGGGUACCACCACCACCACCACCACCGCGACAGCCUCGACUUCUAGUGCCGCGUCACCUGCCGCCGUCGAUAUCGAUGCCUCGGCGCCCACGGUCACGCUGCAAAUCCGGCUUGGGGAUGGAACCCGCCUGCAAUCCCGAUUCAAUACGACGCAUACGAUUGGCGAUGUGUAUGGUUUUGUGGAUGCCGCAAGUGCGGCUAGCACGCAGCGGGCGUAUGCGCUUAUGACGACGUUUCCGUCGACCGAGUUGACAGAUAAGUCGAAGUUGCUAGGUGAUAUGGCGGAGUUCAAACGCGGAGGCGUGGUGGUGCAGAAGUGGAAAUAGAGAGAGGGCUGUGUUCAUUGGUGUUGCCUGCUAGUUGUGUACUCUUGAAUCCUACCCAGAGAUACUGUGGGGGUUUUGUUUUGGGGCGAAAGCGGCAGCAGCAACGAGAGGCAUCACAGAUAAACAUCAUUGACAUGUUGACAUGUUGACAUGCGGACAUGCGUGUGUGUGCAUUGCAUACGAGGCGUGCUGGACUGGUCUGACUAGGUUGUUUUGAUUACAGUACAGAAGGAGCGUAGGCGAUGCCAUGCGCUGCCCGCAUUAAGCGACAGAUCCCUAUUAUAGCAUAGACAUCAUAACCACCAGAAUCAGAUUCUGCAUCAUCGACAGCAU